AAUUGUUACUUGCUACAUUGACCACCAUCUAUAAAACAGCAUGGCUACAGCUUCAACUGUACUGGCUUUGUUCCAGGGCAUUGCAACUAAUAAAGAUGUGAAGGCCAACCUGAGCAAGAUGAGAGAGCAGACUAUCAAGGCAAAGGAAGCAGGAGCAUCUAUUAUAGUCUUCCCUGAACUGUUUCUAACUGGCUAUUAUUUAACUGCUGAGGAGAUGAGGGACGUAGCACAGCCAAACACUGGAGAAGCUUUUCAAGAGUUGUCAGCACUUGCUAAAGAGACCGGAGUGGCUAUACUGUACGGCUAUCCAGAGAGAGUCAUCUCAGAAGAUGGUUUCAAAUGCUACAACUCUGCUCAGCUUAUUGACAAGGAGGGCCAAUCAAUCCUCAACCAUCGAAAGGUCCACCUUUGGAUCGAUGACGAGGGAUAUCGAUGGGAAGAUGUUUUUACACCAGCAGAGAAUUUCUCAGAGAUUGUCGAGUGUUGUGGCUUCAAGAUCGGUGUUUUGAUUUGCUACGAUGUUGAGUUUCCUGAGGCUGUGCGUACGCUAGUACUAAGAGGAGCUAACCUCAUUCUAGUGCCUACAGCAGUUGCUGACCAGUGGAUAAGGCCGCUGGUUGAGCACGUCAUUCCAGCUAGAGCCUACGAGAAUAGAGUACAUGUGGCUUAUGUGAACAAUACUGGCUCUAGAUUCGAUGGUAAAAGUGUGUGCUGCAAUGAGAAUGGAGAGACUAUAGCAUCAGCAGGAGAAGGGGAGGAGAUGGUGAUGGCCACGGUGACUCUUAGUGGAGCCAAGAGCUGGCAUGUUAGGGACAGGAGACCAGCAUUGUACGAGAAAUAAGCUGAUGUAUGUACGGACCUUCAUUAUACGUAGAGUAAUACAUAUAGCUACAUUAUCAGUUAGAUUGCAAGUGUCAUGAUUAUUGUGUACCUUGUAGUACGCAUG